GCGGCGCUCMGGCGCAGGCAGGAAGGGCAGCCCCGGGUAACGCAGCAAGGACAGCCCAGGGAACAAACUCUCCCAGCACGGGGGGCUGUCGGGAGCCGGAGCAGUGUUGGGUUUGGCUCCGUCCCUUCCCCGAAUUUUGUCCCGUUCGUGCCCCGUUGGGAAAUCGCGUCCCGUCCCUCGAGAGCAGCGAGGCACCGGGGCAGUGCCGCGGGCACGGGCUGGGCACCGCUGUGGUUUCGGACGCUGCGGCUUCGGACUGGUUCAGUGCGAAGGAGCAAAGAGUCUCGUUGCCCGACUCCAGCAGAGCCCACCAUGCAGGCAGACUCUGUUCUCCACAGUGGCUACUUCCACCCCGUGCUGCGCUCCUGGCAGUGCACGGCCACUGCCUUUGACGCCUCCAACCUUAUCUACCCCAUUUUUGUCACUGACAGCCCGGAUGCCGUGGAGCCAAUUCCCAGCCUUCCUGGACAAGCCAGGUAUGGAGUGAACAAGCUGGAGGGGAUGCUGCAGCCCCUCGUCGAGGAUGGCCUCAAGUGUGUGCUCAUCUUUGGGGUGCCCAGCAAGGUCCACAAGGAUGAAAGAGGCUCUGCUGCCGAUGCCGAGGGCACUCCUGCCAUCCAGGCCAUCAGGAAGAUCCGCUCCACCUUCCCAGAGCUGCUGAUUGCCUGCGAUGUCUGCCUGUGCCCGUACACCUCGCACGGGCACUGCGGCAUCCUGCGCGAAGAUGGCACCAUCCAGAACGAGCUCAGCUGCCAGCGGCUGGCAGAGGUGGCACUGGCUUAUGCCAAAGCAGGCUGCCACAUCGUGGCUCCCUCGGACAUGAUGGAUGGGCGCAUCGCGGCCAUGAAGCAGGCGCUGAUCUCCAAUGACCUGGGCAACAAGGUCUCAGUGAUGAGCUACAGUGCCAAGUUCGCUUCGUGCUUCUACGGCCCCUUCAGGGAUGCAGCACUGUCCAAACCCGCCUUUGGGGACCGGCGCUGUUACCAGCUGCCCCCGGGUGCCCGCGGGCUGGCCAUCCGCGCCGUGGACCGGGACGUGCGGGAGGGUGCGGACAUGCUGAUGGUGAAGCCGGGGAUGCCCUACCUGGACCUCGUGAGGGACGUGAAGGCUCGGCACCCCACGCACCCGCUGGCCGUGUACCACGUCUCGGGGGAGUUCGCCAUGCUGUGGCACGGGGCGCAGGCCGGCGCCUUCAGCCUGGAGGCGGCCGUGCAGGAGGCGAUCACGGCCUUCAGGCGCUCAGGGGCCGACAUCAUCAUCACCUACUUCACACCGCAGCUGCUGCGCUGGCUGCGGGAGGCGGCGGGCCGGCCCUGAGCGCGGCCAUUCCGGCCGGGGCGGUGUUCCGGGAGGG